AUGCACGACCUUAACGGUCAAGUUGCCCUGAUUGCAGGCAUCGGAUGUGUCGGCGAAGGAUGGGGCAACGGCAUCGCAAUCGCCACCUUAUUCGCCCGUCAAGGCGCAACUUUGUUCGGUUGCGACUUAUCCUUGGAAGCUGCCGAAAAGUCCAAAGCGAAGAUUCUCGCAGAGAGUCCAAAAGCCGACGUCCGCGUCGUGCAAGGAGACGUGACGUCUUCCGCUUCGAUGGAGAACGUUGUGGCAGGCUGUAUGAAGGCUCAUGGCCGCAUCGACAUUCUCGUCAACAACGUCGGCCGAGCCGAGCCUGGGGAUCCUGCUACGAUGAGUGAGGCCGUCUGGGACAAACAGAUGGAGCUGAAUCUGAAGAGCGUCUACGUCAGCACGCACAUUGUCCUGCCUAUCAUGGAGAAGCAGGCCACCGGGGGUGCUGUGGUCAACAUUUCCUCCGUGGCUGGCCUGCGCUAUAUCGGUUCGCCACACAUCGCGUACUCCACGGCAAAAGCGGCAAUCCAUUCGUUCACCCGAUCAACAGCGGUUAUGUUUGCGAGGAAGGGUGUGAGAUUGAACACCGUCGUGCCCGGACUGAUCAACACGCCUCUGGUGAAGAUGAUAUUCGAGGAGAAAUUGGGCGAGGAUUAUGAGAAGAUUUCCAAACUCCGGGACGAGCAAGUUCCCAUGGGUCGAAUGGGAUCGGCUUGGGAUGUUGCAAACGCUGUGUUGUUUUUGGCGAGCAGAGAGGCCGGUUACAUUACUGGCACGGAAAUUGUUGUUGACGGCGGGUUCACUCAGAGCACCGGAAGAAUGUAA